CAGCCAAGCAGCAACAACAGUAAAAUAAACACAAUAACAAAAUGUUUGUGAAACAUCAGUGCUUUAUAAUAUUGUCACUUUUGGUGCAUUUAAAUUCUGGUCAAGGAUUAUAUUCCAUAAUAGCACCGAAUACUCUAAGACCCAAUUCACAGUAUCAUGUAGCCGUAAGUAUACACAAAUCCCCCGAACCGGUACGGGUUAAAUUGGGCAUUAUUGGUAGUUCGUAUAGUGAUUUCAAAACCGCUGAGGUACGGCCAUUCUCCACCGAGACGGUUCAUUUUGAUAUACCCGAUUUAAAAAGUGAUCGCUAUAAUCUAACCGCAGAAGGUCUUUCCGGCAUCCGCUUCACCAAUGAAACACAACUCCACUUCGAUGCCCAUCAAUUUACGGUUAUGGUGCAGACAGACAAAGCCAUCUAUAAACCCGAAGAUACAGUCCAUUAUCGGGUAAUUUUAAUGGAUUCGAAUUUAAAACCGGCCAACUCAUAUGGUCGGGUUCAUAUUACCCUGCGUGAUAGUGGAGAUAAUGUGAUACGCAAUUAUCGUGAUGUUAAGCUGACCAGUGGUGUAUUUUCAAAUGAUUUGAGGCUAUCGGAUUAUCCCAAGUUUGGUGAAUGGUCUGUGGAGGUGGAAAUAAUGCAGGAGAUAUACAAACGUACCUUUGAGGUGGUGGAAUAUAUUUUACCGAAAUUUGUUGUCGAUAUAGAUACUGAUAAGCAUGUCAUCUAUAAGGAUGGCAAAAUAAGGGCCACCGUCAGGGCAUACUACGAUUUUGGUAAACCAAUUGUGGGUGAGGCCACCCUCUCCAUAUACCCCACCUUCUUUGGUUCACUGCAGCCAUUUGUCAAUGAUUUGAUUACCCGCAAGGUAGUACCGAUCGAUGGCAGUGCCUAUUUUGAAUUUGAUAUCCGUGAUGAGCUGAAACUGAAGGAAGAUUAUGAGCGGGAGUAUUUGUUAGAUGCCCUGGUCGAAGAGGCCUCCACAAGUUCGGUACAGAAUUUUUCUACCGUAAUAACUGUCCACUUGGACCCCUAUCGUGUUGAGGCCACCCGCUUACCCAGUAACUAUAUACCGGGAGUGCCAUUUGAAGUAUCGGCCAAAGUAUUACGCAAUGAUGGUGCUAUGUUGAAGGACUUUAAGACUGAUCUAACCGCAUAUCUAACAAAUGUCUACGGCAGCAGUGAAAUGUAUAAUAAGACCACCUAUACCUUGGAUGGCAGGGGUGAGCUGAAAAUGAAAUUUACCGUGCCAUUGGGCGAUAAAGAUGUAUAUCAUUCGGUUAUAGUGGACUAUCAAGGCAUCAUAACGGAUAUUGGUAAAAUACCGCGCAAACAUUUACACAGUAAAAAUUAUAUUACCGCCAAGGUUCUGAAUGAAAAGCCCAUGAUAAAUCAAGAGGUAUCUAUAACGGUGCGCUGCAGUGAACCCAUGAAAUAUUUCAUAUAUCAGAUAGUGGGUCGCGGUGAUAUUCUAUUGUCGCGGGCUGUGGAUGUCAAUGACAAUAACUUCCACACCUUUAAAUUCCUGGCCACCUUUGCCAUGAUGCCGCGGGCCAAGCUGCUGGUAUAUCUGGUAAUAAAUGGUGAAUUUGUCUAUGAUGAACAGGUCAUCGAAUUCGAGGAGAAUCUUUUGAAUAAUGUACAAAUUGAGGCACCGCUGAGGGUGCCACCUGGCCAGGAUAUUGACAUCACAAUAACAUCGAAACCCUACAAUUAUAUUGGUCUAAUGGUGGUAGAUCAAAAUGCCAUCAAUAUUCGGAAAGGUAACGAUCUCUCUACGUCCAGUCUGAUGCGAGCCCUCAAUCAAUAUGACCUGAAUGAUAUCAACACCCCCAUCGGUUCGCCCGGCAAGGAAUCUGGUGUCAUCACAAUGUCCAAUACCGAUUUUAUUAUAGAAAAGGAACCUGAGACCACACCGGCCCUGCAACGUGGUGGCAGUUAUCAUGAAGAUGAUCAUAAAUUAACGACCAUACGAAAGACGGAUAUUGGUCCCGCUCACGCCAUAGAGGUGAAUACUUUGGCUCCUGGCAAAGGACGUUAUGCCUUCUCCUAUACCCCGAAACCAUUUUGGCAUAACCCGAGGAUACAUGUAAUGCAUCCUCCGGCAGAUACAUGGCUCUUCUUGAAUGUUACCGCCAGCAGUGAGGGUCGUACGACAAUACAUCGACGUCUACCACCCUCUAUGACUUCGUGGGUGGUUUCGGCAUUUGCUUUGGAUCCCGUACAGGGUAUUGGUCUCACCAACCCUGUGAAGAAAAUGCAAACCUAUAAGGAAUUUUAUAUUACCACAGAGUUGCCAUAUUCCGUGAGAUUGGGUGAAACUUUGGCCCUGCCAUUUGUGGUCUUCAAUAACAAAGAUUCCGAUUUGGAUGUUGAUGUUACGUUGUAUAAUACCAAUCAGGAAUUCGAUUUUCCUCAGGUGGAUAAUAAAUCACAACCCAAACCAAAAGUGGAAUUGUAUAGCCGUCGAACUGUGAGGGUCUUGGCCAAAACUUCCAAAUCCGUAUCCUUUAUUGUCACCCCAAAGCGAGUGGGUCCCAUUGUCGUCAAGGCUGUGGCCACAAAUCAAUUGGCCGGAGACACAGUGGAAUCUACCCUCCUCGUCGAACAUCCCGGCGCCAUGGAAAUUGUCAAUAAAGGUUUUCUCUUCGAAAUGGGUUCGAGUACCCAACGUAUGGCCAAUGUUAGCAUAAAAAUACCCCGUAAUGCCAUACCGAAUUCGGCUAAAAUUGAAAUAUCCGGUGUGGGAGAUGUGGUCGGCAGUGUCCUGGGUAAUUUGGAAAAUUUAAUACGCGUGCCCUCUGGCUGUGGCGAACAGACUAUGAUACAAUUUAUGCCCAACUUAAUGGUGCUGAAAUAUUUGCAGCGCACCCGCCAAUUGAACUCGCCACUGGAAAUGCGUAUUAAAAACAAUUUGGAGCUGGGCUAUCAACGGCUGCUGUAUUAUCGUCACAAAAAUGGUGGCUUCAGUGCAUUUGGCCUAUCGGAAGAGAAAACCUCAACCUGGUUGACAGCCUAUGUCGCCAAGGCUUUCCGUUUAGCUUCGGAAUUUGUACAAAUCGAUGAACAGGUUAUACGACGAGCAUUGGAAUAUGUCGUAUCACGUCAGACGGCAGAUGGAGGCUUUUCGGAAGGUGGUGAUGUAUUCGAACAAUUCGAUGAUGAUGGCCUUAGUCUAAGUGCCUUUGUUACGCUUGCCUUAAUGGAAAAUGUGAACACCUAUCCGGAAUACAACAAUAAUGUGAAUAAGGCUUUGAAUUAUAUUACCCGAGCUUUGGAUGGUUCCAAUAAUCUACAUGCCAUGGCAAUUGGUACUUACGUCCUGUCAAAGGCCAAUCACAAUGCCAAGGUUGCAUUCGUGCAAAGGUUGGACUCAAUGGCCGUCAAUGAAGAUGGUCUUAAAUGGUGGAACAAAACCGCUCCACCCACCGAGGCCAUGUCACCCUGGUAUAAUCGUACACGCAGUGUUAAUGUGGAAAUUUCCUCCUAUGCCAUCCUCUCGCUAUUGGAAAAUGCUUUAAUUGGUGAUGCUCUGCCAGCCCUGAAAUGGUUGAUGAAUCAACGUAACGAUUUGGGUGGCUUUGUUAGCUCCCAAGAUUCGGUAAUAGGUUUACAGGCCCUGGUGGCAUUUGCCGAGCGUUUUUCCAGCCAAGCGAAUAAUUUACAAUUGGCAUUCCGUUACGGGGCCAAUGCAGAGACUGUGAUAAAUGUUAAUGCCGAAAAUUCAAUGGUUCUACAAACAAUUGAGUUACCAAAUAAUUUGAAAAAUCUCACAGUAUCGGCGACUGGAAAUGGAUUGGCAUUGGCGCAGGUUACCUAUCGCUAUAACACCAAUGUUACCAGUGCCUGGCCACGUUUUGUUUUGGAUCCCACUGUGAAUAGAAAUUCGCAUUCGGAUUAUUUACAUUUGUCGGCAUGUGCCAGUUUUAUACCCGCCGAAGGAGAUGCCAAUCGUUCCAAUAUGGCUGUCAUGGAAAUUUACUUGCCAAGUGGUUUUGUUGUGGACACGGAUACCCUGCCCACAUUGGAGUCGAGUGAAAGAAUAAAGAAAGUCGAAACCCAAAAACGUAAUACUGUCGUGAUAAUCUAUUUCGAUUAUUUGGAUCGCCGUGAAGUUUGCCCCACCCUGCAUGCCUACAAAGUUGUCAAGGUGACCAAUCACAAACCAGUACCUGUUAUUAUGUACGAUUAUUAUGAUAAUGUACGUCGCGCCCGUCAGUUCUAUCGCGCACCCAAGUCCCAAAUGUGUGACAUCUGUGAACAUGCCAAUUGUGGUUCGCUGUGUGAAAAGGCCGAGAAACGUGAAUCCAGAGGCCAGGAUGGCAAUGAUUUACUGGAGGCUGGUUUUAAGAAUAAAGCCGGUGGUCCUGCUAGGGCCACAAUAUAUGGAACAAUAUUAGCAAUGCUUUUGGUUUCGAUGAUUAUCGGAAAAUUAAUAAAUUAA